UCGCCCUCAAGGGCCACGGGUCAAUAGCCCAUUUGGCUUCGCCUCAUGGGCUAUUGACCCUAUUGACGUCCUCGCGUACCUCGUGAUCAGUCCGCCAUUCUUUCCAUCACUGCAGCAUUACCUGAGGCUAGGGAUGCGCAGAAAGCUUCGCAGUAUGUUUUUCCGCUCUUAGCUUCUCAGCCAUUCUCGUCCCCUCUGGGGACGACAGUGCUCCUCAGCCACAGCAAGUCAGCACCAGGAUCUUCGCGACCACCUCGACCGGACCAACCUCGUCACCAAUCUCUAUGUGACCUCUACGUCACCAAUCUCUAUGUGACCGUCUUCUUGAUCAUGCUUAAUUUGUGCUCGAAGUCUUCUCUUAUAGACAGAGUAACUAAAAUAAAUGUCUCGCGGCUUAAACCAUUGCAGAAUAUUACGCUCGAGGCAAGGAUUGUCGGCGACAAAGGUGAAGUGUUUGAGUCACACGCUCACUUCAUCGCUGACAAAGAUGGCGAGGUUGAUGUUUGCCGUGACUCGUCUUUGGGAGGAUCUUACAGCGGAGUUUCACCCAUGGGAUUGCUAUGGAGCAUGAAACCAGCACCGGGACAGAGAAAAGGAAUUCGACUGAUGAAAUCAGAUGUUACCAAACCGUACAACAUCGUCUUGAACUGUUUUGAUGACCAUGUGACCCCGAACGAAUCUUCACUGCAGCCCUUGUCAAGCGUGACCUUCCAGAAAUGGUACAUGGCCGAAGAAGUGAAAAGAAUUCCAGUGAGAGAAGGAAGAAUCCGUGGGACUUUGUUUCUUCCACCGGGACAUGGACCAUUUCCAGGUGUUGUUGAUCUACAGGGUGGUGCCGGGGGAUUGAAGGAAUCCAAGGCCUCUCUGUUAUCUUCCCAUGGAUUUGCAACUUUAGCACUGGCCUAUUUUGCCUAUGAUGAUCUCCCAUCAUUGCCGCAGUACAUUGAUCUUGACUAUAUUGAAGAGGCAGUAGAAUGGCUGUACCAUCAUCCCAAAGUGUUGCGAGAUGGUAUAGCUAUUCAGUCAUACUGCUUAGGUUCAUGGGUUGCAUUUCUCCUUGCAAGCUAUAGGACUGAUCUCGUCAAAGCCAUGGUAGCAGUAUCCCCAUGGCAUGCUCCCUUGUGGAAACCUUACAGAUAUAAAGGAAAACUCUCAAAUAAAUUUCGUUACCCAGAGGAAAACAUUAAAAUUACAGAUGGAGGGCUCAUAUUCAGGUACUGCAUGCCAUUAGCAAAAGAGGUUGCUGUUCCUUCAGCUGAAUUACCAGCAGUGACCCCUGUAGAGAAAAUCACAUGCCCAGUUUUGUUUGUUUUUGGGACAGAUGACUUGUUGAUUGAUUGUGACUUCACAGUAGGCUACAUACUUGAACAGCUUAGAGCAGUGGGUAAGGAAUCUCUUUGUACCGUUAUGCGUUUUCCAGGUGCCGGUCAUCGGAUUGAACCUCCAUAUAAUCCACACUACCAUACAACUUACAUGAAGCCUUUCAAACAGCACUGGGUGUUGGGUGGGGAAACAAAAUCUCAUGCAUUAGCUCAAGAAAUUUCUUGGCACAAGAUUUUAAAUUUUCUUCAGCAAAAUCUGAUAAAAUUGAAGAGUAGUUUAUAGCAAGUAAAUAAAUGUACAAUGUACAAUGAUAAGGGCAUAUAGAAGUACAGAAUUGAAGAGUAAUUUGAAGCAAAUACUCUGCAAAUACAAUUAGUCUAAUUCUACUUACAGUGUAUUUUUCUCAUUUAUUCCUAACAAAAUUGAAAUGUAAACAGGAAACAAGGAAUUUCCUUGGGGGAGGGNGGGGGGGGGGGUGAAAGAGUACUCAGACAUUUCGAGGAUGUGCGUGGUAGACCCAGAAAAAGUGCUAAUCAGGGUAAAGUCAACUCCUAAAUAUUCCACAUUUCCAAAAUGUGACUCAAAAAAGUCCCAGUUGCUUCACAUAACAAUGAGAGCCCUGGAUUACAUGCUUUUAGCCCAAGAAAGGUCGUUACCACAGUUUUUACGACAAUUUGUCGCCCCCUAAAGGUUACCACAACCCCCAGAAAAGCUUUACACCUCCCUGACAUUAGACUUGAGUGCCCUCGAACUCAACGCAGAAACAUGCGAAAACCCUGGCAAACCAACCGAUUUAGUUAAAGCCUGGUUCAAUAGCGACAUAUCCACAUAACAGCAUUGGCGUAAGGACAGAAAGAAAAGAUCAUAUUUUUGUGCCAGACAAAGUUUUCUCAUACCAUGUUGUUAUGUUAUAUUGCGCGAAGGUAUUAGUUUAGUUUACCUAAAAUUACUCUUAUUUUGCUGGUGUGAGGAAGGCCAAAAGAAAGUUCUCGCCCAAUUUGUUUUGUCUUUUGGAAACGCUUUGAUCGUUAUGCCGCUCAUGACGUCUGCUUAACCCUUCGAAUACCAAACUUUCGCCAAAAAGUA